AUGGAUGCCGAUAUAUGUAGGAACUUCCUUUUAGUAAGGAAUAAAUUUCCCGAUAAAUUGAUUGAUGAAAAUUUUCAAUUUAAAGAUGAUACAUUUAAUGACUAUUGUACUAAUAAAUGUGAUACUGAUCUCGAAAAAAUCAGUGCUGGAUGUUUAUAUUUUUUAAAUACAUUCUUUGGGAGUUCUGAGUUGUUUGCGCAAUAUUCAAACAAUUAUAUGAAUAUUCUUGAAUACAUUAUUAUAUGGUUAAGUUAUAUGUUAAACCUAAUCAAAAAUGAAAAAAAUGACAGUCUAGAUUUUUUUUAUAGAGUAUAUAUAAAUGGUAGUGAUAAGUAUAAAACGCCUAUAAACUAUGUUGAAUCUUGUAGUAAUUAUAAGGAACUUAUAGAUAAAACAAAUAUGAUGAACAUGGAUAUUAAAGAUAUAUCUAAAUUUUAUGAUGCAUUUAUAUUAUUAUGUGAAAUGUAUAGUGGAUUUGAUGAACACAGUCCAAAUUGCAAUAAAUAUUUUGAAGAUGCCACAAAAUUUGUUGAAAAAUAUAAAAAUCUUAAUGGAGAUUCUAGUAUCACUGGGAAAAAUUCAUAUAGCCAAUUAUUGUGUACUUUAUCAACUGAUUAUGAUAAUUUUAAAAAUAAAUGUAAAAAUGCUAAAUGUAACAAUAUUACAUCAUUUCCAGAGAUAAAAACACAAACUACUGUAAAAUGUUCUGUACAAGGUUCUGAAGUUACACCAUCAAGUUCGUCGAUAGCAAACAAUUUAUUACUAGUUUUAUUUAUAUUUGGUGCAAUAGGAAUCUUUUUAGGAAUUUCUUAUAAGUAUUCGUUAUUUGGAUUUCGGAAACGAGCUCAAAAGCAAUAUUUAAGAGAAAAAAUAAAAAAUAUAAAGAAGAGAAUAAAUCAUUAA